CCAGUGCUACUAGGCAUCGUGGCAUCCCUCCACAACCAGGAAGAGAGCUCGUUCGGUAACAACGUCCGAGAAGCCCUCCAAGUUGCUUCAACACUCUGGCCUAUUUCGUUUGCGGCAGUUCUUGGGCCAUUUCUCAAGACCCUGGCGCUCUACCGCGCCGAGAAAGGCUCAACUCUCGGGUCCCUGGAGUUUCUCUCAACCAGCCAGACCACUAUCUCGGCAUUCAUAAACUUGGCCUUAUUUGGAGGCACCCACCUCUGGACAUUCGCUAUUGCCGCCAUCUGGUGUCUUAGUCCCCUUGGAGGACAAGCCGCUGUCCGGUCUAUCGGCCUGUUCCCAAAUUCAACCACAGUACAGAUUCCUGCUAUGCACUAUCUCGGCAGCAACAUUUCUGAUAUGAACCCUUUUUAUCUGGGUGGUAACACUGAAGGGGAUAUGGGCAUAUUCCAGAUGGCAGGCACACGAGAAGAGUUCAUCUUCAACCUAAGAAACACGGUCGCUUCCGUCUUUUCAACGCCAGAUGUCUUGAUCUCCAACGCCAAUGGUUCUAGUGACGGUUUCGAUAACGCUGUCCAGAAUCUUGGGGGCAAAUGGCAAGCUGCCCGUAUCGGGCAACAAGAUCUAUGGCGUAAUGUGCGGGUUCCAUUUCUUGAGCUACUGCCACACUACGAUUCCGAGCGACCAGAGGCCUGGGUUGAAGUGCCAACCGACAGAGUGGUAUCGUAUGCGUCAUUUAUCGGUAUCCCUAUCCGUGGGGGUUCGACUUCUCGAGCCGGCAACUCCACCAUGGUAGUAGGAUCCCAUUAUAUGACUCUCUCGUGCGGAGAAGCCUUCAACGGAUCAACUUGGCUCACUCCUACGGCACAAAAGCUUUACUUUCACAACAUGAGCGGCCAUCUCCCUUCUCAGUAUGAAGGUUUCUUCCCAAUAAAAACCUGGCCCAACAUCUUUUUGGAUAUAGUCAACGAUACCAAGACCCGCAAGGAACAUACUCAACUUCUACAUUACCCCAUCAAUGAUACGGAGCCCACUACAAAGCUAAAGCUUGUUAUUGGGGGAGACUGCCCGGGUUAUUUUCUCAACAGGGUCUUCUUGCGUACAUGCGAUAUCAGCACGCCCUAUGUAGACGUCGAGGUCCGCUGCACGAGAUUGACAGCAUUCGAUGACCAGAACUGCAGAGCGGUUCGAAUCCGGCACACACCAGGGUUUCCCAUGCAUGGCAAUCUAACAGUUCUCUCCAACUUCGCCCUCCUCCAAGGUACCACCUGGGAGUUUCCGUUCACGACCUCGGAUUACGAUAUAGGCCGACCUGGCUUGAUAGAAAUAUAUCUCAAAGACCCCCCCAAUACCCUUGGACGCUUGAACUUGCUAACUGACGCCCCGGGCUGUUUUAACAAUGUCUCGUUGGAUGUAUUUGAAACCCGAUUUGCCACCUCGUUGAAUACGUUCGUCACAGCUACAUUCAACACCACAGUCCUCACCGGAGCAGAUGGCACGAGCCUCAAGAACCGCAAUAUAAUGUGGAAGAAUACGACGGCAUCCGUUUACGCAAUCCACAAGCCCUGGUUCUCCGUCUGGCUAUUCUCGACGAUAGUGCUUUUUGUUACCGCCAUCGCCAACGUUGGCAUUCGCGCAAUUAUCAGUGCUCCCGACUUCUUGAGUGGUGUGGCGGGGUUGACAAGAGACUCGCCGUUCAUUCAUGUGCCUGAGGAUCGCACCGGUGAGAGUGGUUCGGAUCGACUGGGGAGGUUGAAGAAAACGGAGGUUCGGAUCUGUGAUAUCCAGUCUCAAGAGGAAGUCGGGAAGAUCGCCUUGACGACAGAUAUAGACGGCGGGAGACUGAUUUGGAGGAGGGCGUAUGAGUAG